AUGUUGCUCAUGAGCUCAGGUAGAUUUGAUCCAAGCUCGAGUGAUGGAGUUUGGAGUGGCGCAUUCUCAGACCGAGUAACUCAACGAAGCCCGCAUUACUCAUUAGCACAAUCCCUAGGGGCGUCAAACAAAGGCAACUAUGGUUCUAAUUCAGGCGGACUUACAUUCGUCAGUCCUAUUGGUAUGUCGAGUGGUGGUAAAAUAGCAAUGGAAAUUGAGAAAUUAGCCGAGUCAAAAUCAACGGGACGUUGCGCUGCUGUGUCACGGGAGGCUAUUGAACAAGCUCUGGGCAUAUCGAUACCGCGGACGAACAGCGCCAAAGAUUAUGGACCAAAAUUAGAAGCUGUUGGAUUUCGCGAAGUUACUGAUGGUCAAAACCGACCGGGCGAUGUACGAGUAAUUCAGUCUAUCGAGGGUCAUCCACAUGGACACAUGCAGAUCUAUACAAACAAAGGUUGGAUGUCGGACUUCAAGCAACGAGAUGAAUGGCCUGGUGAAGCCUAUCGCAAUGCAAAGCCGAAUUAUAAACAAUAUCGCUUAGGCGAUUAA